AUUAUGUUUACAAUCUUCUUGAAUUGCAUACAAAUUUAAUAACUACAGAAAAUGAUAAAGAAAAUAAUCAAUUGGGCAUUUAUUUUGCAUGUGCCGUGGAUAUUUCUUCAUUUAAUGAAUCUUCAAAAGAAAUUGCUGAUCAUUUAAUAAAUAUUGUUAAUGAUGUUGACGAAUACUCGUGGAUAUAUAAUAAUAAAUACGAUGGCAAACAAACUACAAAUAUUUGGUACUUUUGUUCUCAACGGAUAAAUAUGGCAAAAAAACCUUGUAAGUAUGAUAAUCUGGAAAAACGAAGAGAUAUCACCUCAAUGCAACGAAUAAUUGCAAUGGUUGUAUUAAA